AGGUGGGAAGGCAAGGAAAGAGAACAAACUCCGGAAAAGCAAGCUUAGCGUGGUUGUUCUCUUUCCUCGCCAAAACAAACAAAAAUGGCCACCACCACCGCCAACGUCGGACCUCAGAAAUGCACUGCUUGCGAGAAGACGGUCUACCUCGUCGACCGCCUAGCCGCUAACAACCGCGUUUAUCACAAGGCCUGCUUCCGCUGCCAUCACUGCAAAGGCACUCUCAAGCUCGGAAACUUCAACUCUUUUGAGGGUGUGCUCUAUUGCAUGCCACAUUUCGACCAGCUCUUCAAGAGGACUGGUAGCCUCAACAAGAGCUUCCAAGGAAUUCCAAAGGUUGCCAAGCCAGAAAAGGCUGAAAAUGAGAACGCAGCCAAGGUUUCCGGCCACUUCGCCGGAACCAGAGACAAGUGCGUGGGCUGUGAAAAGACAGUUUACCCCAUUGAGAAGGUUUCUGUGAAUGGAGCAGCAUACCACAAGAGCUGCUUCAAAUGCAGCUAUGGAGGGUGCACGAUUAGCCCGUCGAACUACAUUGCGCAUGAGGGUGUGCUGUUCUGCAAGCACCACCACAUGCAGCUCAUCAAGACUAAGGGAAACCUCAGCCAGCUCGAGGUCGAGGUUGCAGCUCAGUGAGCUCUUCAGUCGUUUCCACCUCAUCAUAGUCUCUCUCGACAUCUGCAUGUUUUUGUCCUAUUUUUUUCAUCUUUUUUGUGUUCAGAUUAUUUUUUUUGGGUGUGAAUUUUGAGGUGAUUGCUAGACGCCUUAAGGAAGGAUUUGAUGUUCCUUCUGGUAUAUUACUUUGAAAUUGUUCAUCAAUAUAAUUUUUCCUUAUUCUGAU